UUCGGAUCAGACUCAUCAGAGAAAUGCUUUUAAUUUCGUUCAUGAUCAUUUCACUGAAAGAAGUACCCGAGUUUAGUGGUCUUUGACCCUCUUAUGUAAUAUGGAAAACGCUCUUUAGAUGCCUACCUGAAUUCGUAUCUUAAGUUUUGAUCAGGUCUGUGAUGAAUGCAAGAGACAAUCUGCACCGUCGAAAACAUGUAGAAUUAUCAUCUCAACAGAGACGUUUACGUCAUGUGACUAGCAUAUCGGCAAGAAAUGUAACACCUAGAAAGGGUUUUUCAAACCUCAAUCAGUUAGGAACAUAUUUUACAUUACAUCUUAAUCAUAAAGCAUUUUACACAAGUGAAAUAAAAGCAUCCUUUAACCCAACAUGGCAAAGUUUUGAUAUAAGUCAGCUAUCAGAGGAUUUGAAUACAUCAAGUAAUUCUUUUAUUGUUAGAGUAUGGGGUGGAGAAAAUGGAAACUUUCAGCUGUUAAUAGAAUGGAGUGUUGAUUUGAAUGGUUUGACAUAUCUAGACGAUAUAAUCCGCCAAGAUGGAGAUAGUUAUGAACCAAAUUCGUUAAUUUUUGGCCUCCAAGAUGGAUACUAUGUUGCACCCAAAGAGGGUGGAGAAAGUGAUGGCAAGGGAAAUCUUUCAAAUAGUUUGCUGAAAGUUGACCAAGAACUGGUCAAAUCUCCCUUUAAUCUUUCUUCACUUCACAGAUUGCAUACGUUAGUUCGUGCUAUUCGUCAAACUCAAAUACAAAUAAGAUUAAAGAAAAUGACUGUGCAAGAAAAUCUACGUGCUACGAGACAACAGCUACUUCAUACGUGUGAACGUGACAGGCUAAAGUUGAGUGUGAAUAUGCUGCGAGAGGAGCUUCGUGAAAACAAGAAGAUGUUGUUGAUUGAACAAACAAAGGAAAAUGAUCUUACUGAUCAUGUCAGAUGCAGAGAGGAUAAACUAGGGAAACGAAUGGAUGGUUUUGAGUCGGUGAGAAAGAGCUUCGCACAGGCGAGGAAGACUUAUUUUGCCAAAAGAGAGAACUUGGUGAAAACAAAUGCGCAGUUACUCAUGCGCCGUAAACAACUAUGUCACGAGCUCACUUACAUUUAUCCCAUUGAAUUGUCACAAAAUAAAGAAACUGUUGUGUGCGGUCUACCUCUGCCGAAUACUCAAUCCCCGGCAUUUAAUGCUGCGAACGAGGAAUCGUUAAGUAGUGCGUUUGGUUAUGUUUGUCACAUGGUGUCCAUGAUUGGACGAUAUUUUUCAAUACCGUUGCGAUAUCCUGCCAAAAAUAAGGGAUCUCGAUCGACCGUCACUGAUUUUGUAAACGAUAGGAUACAGCAAAAAGACAGAGAGUUCCCGUUGUAUGUGAAAGGCAAAGAAAAAAUUCAAUUUGAAUUUGGAGUUUUCUUGUUGAACAAGAAUAUUGCACAGAUUCGGCUGUGUCUUGGGCUAACUACGUCCGAUCUAAGGCUGACUUUACCAAAUGUAAAAAGUCUGUUUGAUACGAAAUUCGGUGGAAGUUCCCCCUACCAUUCCCGGCCAAUAAGUGUGAUCACACCCCCCGUAUCACCACCACCAGAACAAGAGGUUAGGCAGGACCAAAAAGGUACACCUGAGAGUAACACAGAACAAUUGGAUCCUCAACAAGAAGAAAGUGUGUCUAGCGAUGACUAUAUUGUGCCCCAGAGCGAUGUCAAUGGAACGGCCUUGAAAACGUUGUUACCAAUUAAACCACAAACAAAUCAACAUAAAUUUCUUGCUGCAGGACAUAAAAAGUCUCUCUCUUCAGGCAGUUCAUUUGCACAGAAAAGAGAAACACCGAACAAUGAAAACCCUAGUGCCUGUAAUGAAAAUUUGGGAGAUUUUCCAGAGUGCGAGUUGCAAGACACGACAAGCACGCCUAAAGAAACUGUGGUUGAUACCACACAUCUUCCCGAUGUAAAAGUAGAACACGAAAGUCAAAUAGAUCGGAAUAUUGAAAAUUUAUUUAAUGUUUAAGACAAUGAAUCACAUUACAGCCUGCUGUAACUCGCUUUGCUUACGGCUGUUAUGCUACUUUCGACGAAAAUGUUUUAGGAAAUAGGCUGGCGCCGCGUUUUUUUCUUCUUACUAUUUGUCUUUACUUAAAUUCCAUUUUGUACAUCAAAACCCUCGUUCAAAGACCAUAUUUUUUAGAACAUUUUGUGACAUACCACAUAAUACUGACACGUAAUUGUACAACUACUGUAAGUUCAUUUAUUAUGAAUUGGGUGAUUACUACUGUAAAUUAAUUUAAUUUGAAUUGGAUGAUUAUUAUUAGUUUGAAUAGCAUUUCCAAAGUAACUGUGGACUUGUCUACUAACACAGUUGCGUCUCAGUAUUUCACAUCAAUUGAGUUAGGGUGAUGUUCUUCCUUUCGACAAACUCCCGCAUAAGAUAUAAAGUGAUAAAGUUUUCGGUUAAAAGUAUGAAAUUUAAUCAUUUAGGGCGAUGAUACCUAUCAUAGGCAUCCCACGAAUACGAUUUGUAUUUUUUAGCUAUAUUCCACGUUCGCAUUGCUAUGACGUAAUGCAUAAUCAAUUGUUUGAAUUGUAUUCCUGGGAUGGCUAUGACGAUACUAAUGCUUUUCAAUAAAAUUACUCAACUCCAGUUGUUUGGCAAGUUAAGUUUCAUGUAUACAUCAUCAGCCAUUUUCACUCUAACUACUUGAAUGCAAUAAUAUUCUUGUAUGUUUGCAUGGUGGCAUCAAUAAGUAAAUUAGCUUGUAGAUACUCUAAGUAACUAUUGAAUACUGCAAAUAAACUACGA